AUGCUGGGGAGGUUGCUGGGGCACAGCCAGAGGGUGGCUGGGCUGGUCCUGUGCCCUGCCAGAGCUGCUGGCAGCAGAGCAAAGAACGCCCAGGACACGGCUUGGCAGACGGCUGAUCCAGGUAAAGAACCUUUCAGGAAUGAAAGAAAGCCUACAAAUUUUGAUAAAAAGGUGCUGGUAUGGUCGGGACGCUUUAAAAAGGAGGAGGACAUUCCCAGGCACAUUUCGUCUGAGGUCCUGGACACUGCAAGGAGCAUUGCCAGGAUAAGGGUUUGCUACAUCAUGAUUGCACUGACUGUGCUGGGCUGUGUGACCAUGAUCAUCUCAGGCAAAGAAGCUGCCAAGAAGAAUCAGACUCUGCUGAGGGUGAAUGCAGAGAAGAAGGCCAAAUGGAGGGCUGAAGUGGAGAAAGGUCAGGAGGCAGCUGUCGGGAAGUCACAAUGA